AUGAUCAUUGUGUCCGAGAUUGGUGACAAGACAUUUCUGAUUGCCGCCAUCAUGGCAAUGAAACAUGCUCGCUUGGUGGUGUUUGCUGCCGCAUUCUCAUCCUUGGCACUCAUGUCGAUACUGUCGGCAUUUUUGGGUCACGUUGUGCCUAAUCUGAUACCCAAAGCAUACACGGAUCUGUUGGCGGCCAUGCUAUUUCUUUGUUUCGGCCUUCGCAUGAUAUGGGAAGGCUAUCACAUGGACGGCCAGGAAAGCAAUGAUGAGAUGAUGGAGGUGGAGGAAGAAUUGAAGGAAGUGGAAGAUCGCGAUCGCACCAAGCAUUUGGAAUCCAUGGAAGUAGGUGGAAUGGAACCGGCUCAGCAAGAUCAAAGCAAACCGCAGCAAGUCAAGGAAGGAUUGAUGAAUCUUAUGCAACUGGUGUUUUCUCCCAUUUUCGUCCAAACCUUUGUUCUCACAUUCCUUGGUGAAUGGGGUGAUCGAUCACAAAUAUCCACCAUUGCUUUAGCGGCUGCCAACAAUGUUUAUUGGGUAACGGCUGGAGUGGUUAUUGGUCACGCCAUGUGUACAGCCUUGGCUGUUGUCGGAGGACGGAUGCUGGCAGCCAAAAUUUCUGUCCGGACAGUGACCUUGGCUGGCGCUGUCCUGUUUCUUAUCUUUGGCAUGUACUACGCGUACCAUGCGUACAACGGCCAAAUGCAGUAA